ACCAAACUCAAAAGAAAAACUCCAAAACCUCACCCACUCUCUCUCUCUCUCUCUCUCUCUCUCUCUUAUCAUGGAGAGCGCACCCACCGUCCUAAACAAGCCACCCCCACCUUUCCCAGCACCGCCCAGAAGCGUAGACUUCUCUGCCCUCGGAUUCAUCCUCGGCCUCGUCGCCGUCAUCACCAUCCCUGCUCUCGUCUACGCUUUCUUCUUCUCCAUCAAGUGCCCUCCCAACCCUUUCCGCCGCCGGCAUCACCGGAGCUCCACCACCGCAUCGGGACCCAUCCGACCCGAACCCAACACCCUCAACCGGAACGACGUCAUUUCUGACGUCAAGUACCAGAAACAGACCCAUGUGAAGGAAAUUGGAACAGAGUGCCCUGUUUGCUUGUCUGUGUUUGCUGAUGGUGAAGAGGUCAGGCAGCUGAGCGUCUGCAAGCACUCUUUCCACGCUCUCUGUAUAAACAUGUGGCUUAAAGACCACUCCAAUUGCCCCAUUUGUCGAGCUUAUAUUGCCGUCGAUCGUAGUAGUGGUAACAAUCGAACGGCGUCUGGUGCAGCUAGAGAUAGAGAUGAUCAGCAACAAGGUUUGCCUGAUGCUUCGUCUAUGGUUUGACACACUAAAUUAAUUUUUUGUUUUUUUUCCUUUUGUUCUUGGAGGGUUUUGUGGUGAUGGGGUUUUGGUGGAAGAUGAUGAUGACAACAUGUGGCAGCUGGGAUAUUGGGUUAAUUCUUUUGCUUUCUUUUGAAGUUUUCGGAAACUCACCGACAAAGUUGUAAACUUGUAGCUGUAGUUCAAUUUCUUUAGCUUUUACUGGAGAGAGAGAGAGAGAGAGAGAGAGAGAGAGAGAGAGAGAGAGAAAUGCUAGAAAGUAGUUGAUUUAAUCAGGGCUUCUUCUAUAAUUUGAAGGUUGAAAGUUGAAACUUUGAGCUGAAUUUCAAACCAGAUGAUUGUUUGUUUUAA